ACUUAUAAACAAAAGCUUCCUGGACUUUUAAAUAGAGAACAUCUCACAGCCUCUGCUUACUGACUCUAUUGGCAAAGAAAGAAACAAGAAGCAAUUCUACCACUGUCAUGAUCACCCUGAUAUUUCUUCUCACUUUCACAACUACUACUGAUGAAGCAUCACCUGUCCCUGCGCAUCAAAUAUUUCAGUACAUUGAUGAACAUCAACAUGAAUAUGUACAGAGACUCAGAGAAUGGGUGGCCAUUGAAAGUGAUUCCAGUGAUCUUCUAAAGAGGCAAGAUGUGAUUAAAAUGAUGCAUUUAGCAGAAGAGAGGAUAAAACAGUUAGGAGGAACAGUUGAGUUGGCAGAACUGGGUGUGCAAGAGCUACACAAUGGAAGUACAGUUCGUCUUCCACCAGUCAUUCUAGCAGGACUUGAAAAGGACCCUGAAAAACCUACAGUUUGUUUUUAUGGACAUCUCGAUGUGCAGCCAGCCACAUUAGAGGAUGGAUGGUCAACAGAGCCAUAUAAUUUGACAGAAAUAAAUGGCAGUCUAUAUGGGCGUGGAACCUCUGAUGACAAAGGGCAAAUUCUGGCUGUACUGAAUGCAGUAGAAGCACUUCAACAAUAUGAACUCCCUGUGAAUGUAAAGUUUCUUCUUGAAGGUAUGGAGGAAGUAGGAUCCACGGGGCUAUUCAAACUAGUUGAAGAGAGGAACAGUACAUUUUUUUCAGAUGUCAAUUACAUUGUGGUCACUGAUUCCUCGUGGGUCAGCAACAAACCAAGUAUUACAUAUGGAACCAGGGGGAACUCCUACUUCUUUAUUGAGAUUGAAUGUGCUAAAAAAGAUUUGCAUUCAGGGGCUUUUGGAGGCAUAAUUCCUGAAGCAACUAGUGAUUUAAUAUUUCUGUUGAGUACCCUUGUUGAUUCUUCUGGUCAUAUCCUUAUCCCUGGAAUUUAUGAUGCAGUUGCUCCUCUCAUGGAAAAAGAAAAGAAACUCUAUGAAAAAAUUGAAUUGGAUUUCGAAAAGAAGAAGGCCAUAUUUGGAAUAAGAAACUUCACAUAUAACACUAAAGAAGAAUUUUUAAUGCGGAAAUCACGCUACCCAUCUUUGUCCAUCCAUGGAAUUCAAGGAGCGUUCUCUGCUGCUGGAACGAAGACUGUAAUCCCUGCAAGAGUAAUUGGGAAAUUUUCAAUACGUCUGGUUCCUAAUAUGGAGCCCUCUGUAGUAAUAAAACAGGUAACUGAUCAUUUGAACAAGAAAUUUGCUGAACGGAACAGCCCUAACAGUAUUGGCAUAACUUGUAUGUUUGCAUCAAAGCCAUGGCUUUCUGAUACAGAUGAACCACUGUUUUUGGCUGGAAGAAAGGCAAUAGAGAAAGUGUUUCAUACUGAAGCUGACUUGACCCGAAUAGGUGGGACAAUUCCAAUUGUUUCACAUUUCCAAGAGGUAACUGGAAAGAGUAUAAUGCUUCUAGGAAUAGGAGGACCAGAUGAUGCUCCCCAUGGUCAAAAUGAAAAGAUUAACAGGUACAAUUUCAUUGAGGGAACUAAACUAUACGCAGCCUUCCUUCAAGAACUUGCUUCUUUCUAGAGAAAAUGGCAUGAUAAAAUUCUCCACAAUAUAGUUGCAUACAUCCUACUUGAAAUGUUCUGAUGAACACAAAAAUGAUUAUUGAAACUUGUCAAUGAGUAAAUUUAACAUGAUUUUUAAAAGUU